AUGGCUGAAAUAGGAGAGGAAAUAACAAUUAAAAGGAAAAAAUAGUAUGGAUUAUGUUCUAAAUUAUGGUGUCUAAGAUGCAUGAAUUGUUGUAAAGCUGAUGAUGUUUCAAUUUUAACAUCGAGAAAUAGAAAGGAGUUGUCUGUUAAAUUGAUGGCAAAAUAUUAGAAUGCAAUUUAAUUGGUAUUGUUACUCAUUAAAAUACAGAAUCCAGAAGAAAUCCAAGUUUUGGAUGUUCUUAUAUUGUUGUAUACCUUGGAUGAGAAGUCUUGGGCCUAUCAAUAUUUAUACCAAUGUAAGUUGAUUUCGAAUGAUGAGAGUCCGAGAAACGACUUAGAAUUUUAUAUCCCUUAAUUGAUGAAUUACUUAGUGUUUCAUGAAGAAAUGCUAAACGAAAACAUCAGUUAAUUUAUACUUACAUCAUGCAUUCAUAAUUUCUACUUUGCAUAGUUGGUAUAUUGGACACUCCAUUCAACAAGUGCCAUAGUAUUCAACAACUAAGUAACCGAAUUUUAAAAAGUAAAAUUGUACUUGCAAAAUCUAGUCAAAAGAAUGGUUUUGAAUCAUGAGACGAAUUAUUAGAGAAAGGAAUAGGAUGAAAAAGUAAAAGAACUGAUUUCUUUGUAUGGCACAACUCAAUUUGAAUAAAAUUAAUUGAAAUGCUUAAUAUUACCUGAGCAUAUACAAUUAUCCAAAUAUAUCCCUCUAGAAUAAGAAGAAGGGUAUGAUUUUAUGUCCUGCAUCAAUUUUUGGAAUGAUAUCAUAUCAAUUUCAGACAAAUUAAAAUUUGCUGAUCCGAAGAUCAUUUCUUUAAGAGCUGAUCUAUCAUAAAUAAACACCAGAUUACCUGCUAAUGUAUACAUCCCAUUUGUGAAAGAUCAAUUGAGACAUUACAAAAUCCUAAAUAUUGUUGUUCAAGAAACCAAAAUCUUCUCUACUAAAGAAAGAGCCCCCUUUUAUAUUUGUAUAGAAGUCUACAAUGUCGAAAAGGAAGAGAGUAAAUUUGAGGAUAAAAGAGAAAGGAAGAAUUCCGAAUUCAAUUUUGAACUCUCUAUGUUUAGCGAUUUUAGAAGUCAAUCUAAUUUAGCAAUGUCUUAGGUCUCAAAUCAAAGCUUGGGUGUUUCUGAAUGUUAUGAAAUAGAAUUAAGUAGGGAGUAGAAGUGGGCAAAUAAUGUACUUUUAGAUUUUGAGAAAGUUGGAUAGGAGAUAUUUGGUGAAGAUUCAAAUUAAAUAAGUGAAAGGAUUAGGCACUAGUCUCCAUAUAGUCAUUUCCGAUCUUGGAGAUUAGUUCAUUUAAUUGUUAAAACUGGUGACAAUUUGAAAUAAGAACAAUUUGCACUCCAAUUGAUCAAUUAAUUUUAAAUGAUAUUCUAAAAGGAAAGACUUCCUUUAAAAUUAACAACAUAUGACAUUUAAUCCCUAGGACCUAGUUCAGGUAUCAUGGAAAUGGUCAAAGAUGCAGCAACUAUUGAUUCACUUAAAAAGAAAUUAAAUUCCAUUGAUAAGGAUAUUACUCUAAGUCUCUUUUUCAAGAAGUAUUAUGGGGCAAAUUUACACAAGGCUUAGAGAAACUUUUGUUGCAGUUUAGCUGCCUAUAGUUUAAUAUGUUAUUUCUUGUAAAUAAAGGACAGACACAAUGGGAAUAUCUUGUUGCAUAAGUCUGGGAAAAUCUUGCAUAUUGAUUUUGGUUUUUUUAUUAGCAUAUCACCUGGGAAAGGAUUGGAAUUUGAAAAGAACGUUCCAUUUAAACUGCUCUCUGAAUAUAUUGAUGUUUUGGGAGGAACUAAAUCUGAGUUGUUUAAUCUAUUUAGGAAAUUAUUUUUCAAGGGAUUUGUUGCUUGUCAAAAACACUAAGAUUAAAUACUGUUACUUGUUAAAAUGAUGUAUAGUGGACAUGGGUAUACUUUGCCAUGUUUUAGCAAGGGGGAGAUUGCUAUCCAUGAACUUGAAUCUAGAUUUAAUCCACCUUGUUCAAAUGAUGGAGAAAUAUCAGUGUUUACAUAAAAUCUAAUCAAUCAAUCUCUAGAUAAUUGGAGAGCGAAGUGGUAUGAUAAAUUUUAAUAUUACUUUUAAGGAAUAUUCUAUUGAUUAUGAAACUAAUAUCUAUUAUUUAAUCAAAAAUUAAUAUUUUAUAUUAAAA